UGCUCGUGUUUUGUUUUCAUUAAUUAUUGCUGCUUAAAACUUUAGUUUUGUUUAAUUAAAAUUGUUUAUUACAAUGCGCACAAUUGAGAAAUGCAUGCUAAGCGCAUUGGCGCUUUGCUGUGUGCUGCAAACAGUUUAUGCCAUAAAAUGCUGGGACUGCCGCUCGGACAACGAUCCCAAGUGUGGCGAUCCUUUUGAUAAUAGCACCUUGGCCAUAACGGAUUGUCACCAAGCACCGGAGCUGGAGCAUCUGAAAGGCGUACGUCCCACAAUGUGCCGCAAGAUCAGACAGAAGGUGCAUGGGGAGUGGCGUUAUUUCCGCAGCUGUGCCUACAUGGGUGAGCCUGGCAUCGAGGGUGAUGAACGUUUCUGUCUGAUGCGCACGGGCAGCUAUAAUAUCUUCAUGGAGUACUGCACCUGCAAUAGCAAGGAUGGCUGCAAUGGAGCAGGAUUGUUAGAAAGCAGCUACCUCCGAGUUCUCCUGGGCACUGUUACAGUGGGACUCGUAGCGCUUUUUCUGCGACAAUAACCGUGGGUAACCAAUUUGCAGCCAUAGCAAAAGUUCACCGUAGUUAGCGCUUAUGAGCAAUAACUACCGUAUUUAAUAAUCUUUAAAGUGCCUUUAAACCAACUCGAAUACAAACUUAACACUUGGAACAUAUCUCCGUCCUGACUUUGAUAUAUCUAUAUCUGUUCUUUGUCUAUAGCACAUACAUUCCGUUACUAUUGUAAGCUCAAUGUUUAAUUCAUGUGCAUUUUCUAACAAUAUUUAUGUUUAAGCUGCGAAUAAUAUAUUUACAAAUUUUUAUUGUA